CUUUCGUGGCCAAAAGUUAGCUAUUUCGGAAUUAUACGUACGUUAUCACUCUGGAUAUUAGUAGAACCAAAUAUGGCUGCGCCCAUGAAUUUCAAUAACUUUUAAAGUUUGUUUACCAUUUUUUGCCACAGAAUUUACUUUAAAUAGAUAUGGCUGAUGCCUACACCUUUGUCAAGGGCGGCAAGCUAAAAUUAAAGGGCCACAAGGAGAAAAAACACAAGAAGCAUAAAAAGAAGAGAAAGCAUGAUGAGAUGGAAGACGUCUCAAAGACCUCAGGGGGUGCUUCCAGUACUGACCCAGACAUGGUCGCUCACGGUGGUUGGUGGGUAGCCAGGAAUUUUGAAGAUAUAACUGGGAAUGUUGCAAUAGAGAUCGGUGAUAGUCGGUACGUGUCUGCAGUUGAUAAUGGAACAUUUAUACUUGGACCAGCAAGAGAUCAAGGUGAUGGACCAGAAGCAGAGGAAAUUCUGACAGCUGUACAAGUGUCAGACACAAAGCUAGCUCUCAAGUCUGGUUACGGGAAAUAUCUGACUGUGGAUCCUGAUGGUGAUGUCACAGGCAAGGCAGAGGCCAUCGGAGUGCGGGAACAAUGGGAACCAGUUUUUCAAGAGGGGAAGAUGGCUUUGAACGGAAGUAAUGGAAAAUUUUUGGCUGCAAACAGAGAUGAUGAAAUUGUCUGUCUUAGUUCUAAGGCUGGGGAACAGGAGAUGAUUAAGAUCAGAUUAAAUUUAUCCUUAGAAGUUGAUCCCAUGGCCAAUAUUCCAAAAGAAGAGAGAGGCAAAGUCAAGGAAGCAGAAAUUAAUUAUGUGAAAAAAUUCCAGAGUUUUCAAGACAGGAAGUUAAAAGUGAGUAAGGAGGAUGUGUCUUCUCUUAAAAAGGCUAAAAAAGACGGGAACUUUCACGAAACACUGCUCGACAGGAGAGAAAAAAUGAAGGCUGAUCGUUAUUGUAAAUAAUUCCAGCAUGAAUGUUUGCUUCAAUGCAGAAAGUGUAUAAUUGCAUGCUCUCCAAAUUCAAUUUGGAUCAAAUUUAAACAACUUACAU